CUGCUCGAGUAUGCUGCAGUGUGCGCGCCUCUGACACAACCCGGCUGCGCUCUCACAAUGUGCGCGCGAUUUACGACAUUCAAACGAAUUAACUAUUAUCGAAAAAUGACUCCUUUAGUGUUUUUAUUUGUAUGUGUAGUUUUAGUUAAUAGUGCCGAACUAUCGAACGGGAGAGAUAACGUCAGAGAAGAGAAGUUGAGAAGCGGCUUAAUAGAUGCCUUUCAGAAUAUCAAGAAAGCCUCCGCGAAAGGCGGGAUUGAUGAUGAGAGUCCCCUGACCUCAGACCUCGUGGGGUCUAUGAUACAAGCCCCGAACACGAGCAGAGACGAGAAAUCGACAACCGAAGACUCCUUCGACUUGUUCGCUGAUGAUGACGGUCUCUCCUUUGCUGUAAACAGCAAAAUGGAAGAUGAACAGAAGCAGCCCACCACGGAGAAAGCUCACAACGUUCAACAUAUUGUAAAAACGACAAAACUAGAGAAGACAACUUCGAAACCGAACAAAGACGUCUUCGGUAAAUUAAACGACUCGAUCAGGAGUGCGGUCAACGAGUCCAGGAUGGCUCUGAAGAGGGACGGUUUGAACAUGACUCAGUUUACGGGUAUUGAGAGUAUGCUGAGGGUGUUCGACGCGGAAAUCCUCAUGAGGCAGUGGAGAGAUCUACAAGGUGCGCUCACGGGGGAGUGUAAGAAGGAGAUGCAGAUGUACGUCGAUGGACUUCAUGAAAAAAGACUAUGGGCUUUGAAGAUGGAAGAUGCCGGUGGUCGCUACACCUCGAUGUUCUACUGGGGGAACAACUACUGGACGGGAUCCGCUGAGCUCUGCCAGGUCCUCAACCAACAGCAGGCGACUCCAGCACCUUCUAAUAAAAGUUCCAGUUCCCAGAUCUUCAGCGAGUGGCGUCAGGAUGUGUCCAUGACCGGGUCGGGACCGCCUUUCCGGGCAGCUUUCUACACAGUCCGAGUUUCGGUCACCUCAGAACUACCGGAAAUUGUCAAAACUCGCCGUACUCUCCACCUUGGUCUCUGUCUCCCGUACUCCUGCUCUGGCGAGGCUGUCUCCGCGUUAGUCGGUAAAGCGAAGGCCCCUCUACUCCAACACUCCGUUCUCGCCGUCCGCACUCCAUUCCACGGAGGAUACUCUUACAUCGAAGAUCCUACUUUCCAAACACUUCUCGGCGUCUGCUGUAUUCUAGCAGUUGUACUGAUAACAGCCACCGUCUACGACGUGAGGAUAUCUCAAGAGAUUGGACGUCGGAAGCAGCGAGCAGCCAAUAUCGCGACCAACACACCAUCCGACCUCAAGCUGGACCUCAACGCGCUUGAAGAUAUCGCCGUUGCCAACGGUAAAUCUAUUUACAACGUCAAUAACAACAUCCCUAUCGGCAACUCGUCCAAGGAACAGCUCACGGAUACAGCCUCCACCUCCACAGAGGACGAGCUCAAGCUCAGCAUAUGGUCGAAGCUCUUGCUGUCGUUCUCCAUGAGGACGAACAUAAUUCAGAUCUUCGACCAGAGCGUGGGCGCCGACACCGUGCCGGUUGUGCACGGACUCAGAACCCUCUCCAUGGUCUGGGUGAUAUUUGGACACACUUGCAUCGUUGUAUUCAAGUACGCAGACAACACAGCUUUAAGAGCUAUUCUAGAGAAAAGCUUCUGGUUCCAAUUGAUCAUAAGCGCGGUCUAUAGCGUUGACACAUUCUUCUGUUUGGGUGGAAUGCUGGUUACAUUUCUGUAUUUCCGAUCGAACGCUAAAGGCAAGUUGGAUCGGCUGACGAAGGGCAGACGGAACUUCGCCUCGGGAGCGCUGCAGUUCUUAGGACUUCUUGGCUACAGAUUUGCCAGGCUCACGGCCCCCUACCUGUUUGUCCUGGGCGUGGUGGAGGUCACCAUGAAAUGGUUCGCACACAACGCUGUCUUCGAACCCCCUGCGAUGGAUUACGAGACCUGCCCCAAGUACUGGUGGAGGAAUCUGCUCUACAUCAACACUUUGUUCCCGGUCGAGCAGAUGUGCAUGUUGUGGAGUUGGUAUCUAUCGGACGACACCCAGUUCUACGCUGUCAGCGCCAUCCUUCUCAUCUUAUCGACGAGUCAUUUCAAACUGUCAGCGUCGUUAACUGGCGUAUUUUUCGUGUCGUCCCUGGUGACCACGGGCUACGUGUCCUGGAGCAACGACCACAUCCCGAACAGCGAGGAUCCCUUCACACAGUUCGACAAGAUCUACGACAAGCCCUGGACUAGACUUGGCCCCUAUUUGGUCGGCAUGCUCACCGGUUGGAUCCUCUUCAAGACUAACUUGAAGAUUCGAAUGAGCAGGAUAUGGGCGUGGGUUGGGUGGUUGAUAUGCGCCGCUACGUUUUUGUUCCUGAUCUUUGGGCUCUACAACACAGAGCUGAGCGUGGCGUCAGCUGCGGUGUACAGCGCGCUCUCCCACUCUCUGUGGGCUGCCUGCGUGGGCUGGGUCAUCAUUGCAUGCUCCACUGGACAUGGAGGCUGGGUGCGGCCGCUGCUGGCGUCGCCCGUGCUGUACCCGUUCUCGCGCGUGACGUACUGCGCCUACCUCGUGCACCCCGUCGUGCUGCGCUACGUCGCGAUGCACCUCACGCACCCCAUCCACCUGGGAGAGCUGCUCGUGUUCGUCCUUUUCCUGGGACUAACGGUCAUCUCAUACUUCCUGGCGUUCCUGGUCUCUGUAGCCUUCGAAGCUCCCAUCGUCAUGAUGCUUAAACUCUUAUCGCCACAGAAGAAGUCUCACUGAGUCUAUCCAGUGAAACAACUGAUAUAACUCUGCCAGUCUCAUGAGACAAGUCUACGGAACCAAUAACAACGGCUCCAAAAUUAUGACUCGACGUUCGAAUAUCUUUUUAAAUUUGUAUAUUAUUUUUGACACUAACGUUUCUGUCAUCUCAUAACUUUUACAAUUGCGAUGGCGCAAGGGCGCGUGCGUCCAUGGACUUAAUAUUAAAUUUAAAACCUGACUUGUAAAAAAGUUCUGUUCGCACUAAAAUUACGAUCGUACGUACACGUAUGGACACCUCCGCCGAGUGUAAGGGGAGCUAGUUCAGAAAAUAAAGAGGAUAACGCUAUUGAUAUCCACACAUUACACUAAAUGCAGUAGAAAAAUGUUUUUUUUUCUUUUGCAACACGCAAUGAAACAAUACAAAAUCAGCUGACACGUGGUAUAAUGUCCCGCAAUGAAUGCUGACGGCAUCGCAAAACUGUUGAACGUUAUACACUGCGCAUUCACGAAAUAUUCAAUAAUUUUUUUGUUUAUUUAACGAUCUAUAUUAAAGAGUUUCUGCUGGAGCCUGCCGUCAUCAAAACCUUCAUAUUUAUAUUUCUUCCUAUUAUACUCCUGAUUUAUAUAUCUCCAACCACCAUGUAAAAGUUGACGUCAAGACUUCACGGGCGAUUCCCUUAACGAAAUCCUCUGGCAUUAUUUGUCUAAUAACCAGGAUGGUCGCACAAAUUUGAUAGUAACCAUAUUUAAAUUAUGGAUGUAGAUAACUGUGACUUAAAAUUAGUAGUUUUAUUACAUAUGUACAAAGGCUUAAAACGCGCGUAUUAACAUAGAAAAAACACUUCAGUCAAAGGAACAAUCGGAAUAAGAUAGGUUUCUGCUAGUUCUGAUUCUUUUAAUCAAAAGAUUUCUGGUAACAAUCGUGCACGUCGGUUUAAAUCAUAUCUACAAUUCUUAUUUGUUUAAACAAAACCAUAAGAUAUUUGGUUUCGAAUACUGCAAGUACCUAAAAUUAAAAAAACGAGAUAGUAAAAGAUAAGUACUGUCCCAACUCUCUCGGAGAUCUAAGAAUUUGACUUACAAAUGAGGCCCUUAUUGCACUCAAAUCGGACCUUUCCCGCUCGCGUCGUUUGCGUGAACCUUGAAGGACCUAACCUCUGUGGGUCAACUUCUCCGACAACGGAUGUUAUUGUCUUGGAACUUCACUAAUGAUGGAGUUCCUUCCACUGUGAGAUUGUAUAGGAGAUUCUAUCCCAAGGUUACUCAAGGCUGGCUCGAUGGAGUCUCUAGCUUUGACCUGUCACACAGGUUAAUGUAAAUGGAUAGAGUGACUACGCAAGGACAGCAGUCUCGGUCCAGUUGGCAAUUGGUCCAUAGCACGAAGACUGCGGCUGAAGCUUCUUUUCCCAUCCGAGUCGAGACGGAGAUGUAACGACAAAGAAGUUCCAAUAUCAGUAACAAAAACCAAAAUAAGUGUUUACGUACCUGUUCGAAGGAGGCAAAGGCUGAUUCCAGUGUGCUUAGUGCGAGUUUUUUAACGUUCUCGAUAGCGUAAAAGUUAGACCAAUUUUGUAUGCAAUUGGAACAGCGCCCCUAGCGGCAAACGUACGCAAACGAUCCCAUUCCAUGCAAAUAUGAGCUAACUUUUACGCUGUCGAGAACGUUGAAAAACUCGCACUAAGCACACAGAUACAUUCAUCACACUGGCACACUUUAAAAACAUAACGGAGAAGUUUCUAAUCGAAUUGAGGAAACUAUCCCUUUUAUGAUGUGCGGUGUGUUUCUCGUAUAUUACGUCAUGACACAUUAGGUUAGCUUAUACACAUUCCAAAUAUUGUAUUGGUGCAACUAAAAUUCGAAAUUAAUCACUCGAUUUAAAGAAAAUCCUGAUAAUAAAUUAAUCUAGAAACCUUUAUGUAUUUGCUCAUCGAAGCUUAGUCUUAACGAAAAAAAGAAUCGUAGCAUUUUAAUUUAGACAAAAGCAAAAUUAUACGGAUGAAGAAAAAACUCAUAUUAUUUUUUGUCCAUUUUAAUCCUUAACAAUUUUCAUCUGACGUGAUACAAUUUUGUGUAAUAAAAAUUUAAAAGCAUUAUACAUAUUAAAGAAACAGCAUGACAAUAGAAAUUAGACAUAACUAGAAAUAUUAUAGGAUAAUUGUAAAUAAUUAAACAUGUAUAUUUGUUAUUGUAAAUAAGUUGUAAAUAUAACGUACAUACAUUAGUUUGUAAUCCUUUUUUUACGAAAAUACAGUUUUUUUAUAAAA